GGACGGGCUCAGCUCCGGCCGCCUCCGCUCAGUCCACUGCGCCUGCACCGCACGUCCUUGCCCGGCAUGUCGGCGGCCGUGGCGUGCGUUGAUUAUUUCGCCGCCGACGUGCUCAUGGCCAUCUCCUCCGGCGCCGUGGUACACCGCGGGCGGUCCGGCCCCGAGGGCGCGGGCCCGGCUGCCGGCCUGGAUGUGCGCGCGGCGCGCCGGGAGGCCGCCCCGCCCGGGACCCCGGGGCCGCCGCCUCCGCCCGCCGUGGGCCCGGGAGCUGGCGGUGCCGCGGCGCCCCACCUGCUGGCCGCCAGCAUCCUGGCCGAUCUGCGCGGCGGGCCCGGAGCCGCCCCGGGGGGUGGCUCGCCCGCCUCCUCGUCUUCAGCCGCCUCUUCCCCGUCCUCKGGCCGCGCCCCCGGCGCCGCGCCGGCCGCCGCCGCCAAGAGCCACCGCUGUCCCUUCCCGGGCUGCGCCAAAGCCUACUACAAGUCCUCGCACUUAAAGUCGCACCUGCGGACACACACAGGUGAACGCCCCUUUGCCUGCGACUGGCCCGGCUGUGACAAGAAGUUUGCCCGCUCCGAUGAGCUGGCCCGCCACCACCGGACACACACAGGUGAGAAGCGCUUCCCCUGCCCCCUGUGUACCAAGCGCUUCACCCGGAGCGACCACCUGACCAAGCACGCCCGCCGCCACCCUGGCUUCCGCCCGGAGCUUCUCCGUCGCCCAGGCACCCGCAGCACCUCGCCCAGCAACUCGCUGCCCUGCAGCCUGGCCAGCAGCCCCGCGCCCAGCCCGGCGCCCAGCCCAGCCCCUGCAGGCCUGUAGAGCCCUUGCUCACACGCCCUGGGCGUGGGUCCCCUGCUCGGCCUGGCUUGGACACCAGCAACGGGAGGACAUGUCUGCCCUCUGGGGCCCACGUGGGGAACAACCCAGAGCCCCAGGCCCCCUCCAGCAGACCCUGAAGAUGCCCCCUGCUCACCUCAAGAAAGCAAGGAGGGGCCUGAGACUGGACCUGGGUCAGCCUUGGAGUCGGCCCUGGACAGCGUCUGUAUAUAGCCAUGAUUGUCAGCUGUCUUCCUGUCUGUUCUGCAGGGGCCCCGGGUGGGCAGCCCGCAGGCCCUCCCCCACCCCGACGCCCUCUGUCUUGCCCCAGUGGUGGUUGAGAGGCUGGGCGGGCCCAGGGGAGCUUCCCCUGCCCAGGGCUUGCACCAGGGGCUGAGGGGAUGGCCACUCUCUCUAGGUUGGGAUGAAGUGUGCACAGAGCCAUAGACGGACCAGGGGUUCCCUUGAACUCCUGCCUGUCCCUAUCCCCACCCUACCGAAAGCCAUUGGAGACGUUCAGGGAAAUGGGGGUGCAGCCUGGCCACCCCCAACUCGGUUACUCAAUCUCAGGUGUCCAUAGGUUCUGCCCAUGGGAGGGGCAGCCUAGCACCUAGGCCCCAGGGAGGGGGAGGUGUUGGGGUUUCCACAGGGACCCAGGCCCUGCCCGGGGUAGGGAAGGAACCGGGGUUCCCUGGGGAGAGGGGCAGCGUGGGGUGUGUGUGCUGGUUAUUUAUGCCCGCUGUCUGCUGGCUGGCCCCCCUCCCCGGGUGUGUGUGUGAGAGUCUGGGGAGGCUGGUGCUGUGGGCCGACCUCUUUGCUUCCACUGGGGUAGGGGCCCUGGCUUUGGCCUUGGUGGCAUUGUGUGACAGACAAUCUUGUACAGGACCCUGCUGGCCACUGGGCAGAUGCCAGCGGUCCCUGCCCUGCAGGUGGGCUAUUGCCCAGGCCGGUAGUGGAGCUCUCGGGCUCUAUCCGACCCUGGGCUUUCUGCCCUCAAGUCCCUCUUGCUCUUGGGUGCCUGAAAGGAGUGGCCCCUGGGCUCGGACACUAGAGGCAGGAGGCCCCGCUCUUCAGCCUGCGGGGAUAGCUCGUUUUUUUUGGACCGGAUAGAAUAUUUUUUCAGGCCCCAAUCCCUUUCUUGUUUGGCCCCGUGGGUGGUCCGAUGUCCUCAGGGGUUGUGAGUGGGGUGGGUAGGAGAACCUGCCAGGCAGAGCCUCUCCAGGGUCUCCCCACUGUGGUUUGGAUUUCCUUUUGGAAGAAGGACCCAGGGCCUCCGUGCUGGAGUGGAGAGGGAUCCAGGGUCCUGCCCCAGACCUAGAAAGGGUCUGCCUGUCCUGAGGCGCUGCAGGAAUUUGGCACGCCCACUUCUCGGAACCUUCCAGUCCCCUGAUGGGGGCUUGGGAGUUUGGGUGACUCUGGCUUCUUCCUGGCUCCAACUCCAGGCCAGACGCAGGGGAAGGCAGGGGUGGUGGGAGGCAGGGCACCAUGCCCUUCUGGAGCUGGGCUCGGAGGGUCUACCGGUGCAGCCUGCACCCCAGUCCUUCCCAGGGUCCUUGCAGGCUAGGUGCAUCUGUUUGCACACCCUCCUCCAGUGUCAGAUGCCUUAGUCCCUGGGGUGGGGUGGGGGGGCUGGGACUCCCUUUUCCUUGUGUCAGAUGUGUCUUGCUUGGUACCAGCUCCCCCAGGGCCUGUCCUCUGCAGGGGUGGGACUGUGCUUCCAGGACCCAGGAAGCUGGGAAGUCCUCUGAAGCCAUGGCCCCUCUCUGGUAUCUAGAGGCAGAGACUGCAGCCUGCUCUCCCCGCUACCCCGACCCCGGGAGCUAGCGGUCUCUGGGACCCAGUUCCAGCCAUUUAGGUGUGGCCUCUGAAGGGGACGCAGGGGGGGAGCCCCAAGGGACUUGURCUUUCCGUGGGCGGCGCCCCUCCUCCACCCUGCCUGGCCUCAUCCUUGUAUUUAAUGAA